CGUCGAGAAACUUGGGAAAACUUAGCAGAAGCGGAGAAGGAACAGUCCCGAAGAAUAACUAGGUUUAAAGCGUACUGUGAGAGGAACUUUCCAAAGGUGGAUCCCCCCAAACCCGGUCGAAACAACCACUUAUUCAUUUUUGACAAGAUCAAAACGGUCUACUGCUAUAUCCCCAAAACCGGGUGUACAACAAUGAAACUGUUACUUUACAAUUUGGAGCACAAUGCAACUGAGCAAUUGUCGAUCGGUUUUAGAAAAGCUGAAUGGUUACCAAACAGCACUAAGAGUAAUCACACGUCUCGCGAACAUCAUGUUAAAUGGAUCCACAAACAAACCUUUAAAACAUUAAAUGACUACAGCGAGGAAGAAGUAAGCCUGCGUCUUGCGACCUACAAGAAGAUCAUCGUUGUCCGUGACCCCUUGGAGAGGUUGGCGUCUGCGUGGCUCGACAAGUUCGUCAUUACGCCUGAACGUCUCGGCAGAUUUGGGUUUGUUAGACGCAUAAGGCGUCGUUUAGAAAGCUUACAAAGUCACACCCUGAUAGACGAGUUAAGUAAAAUAAACGAAGAAAGGGCGGACAACGACCCAAAACGAGUGUCGUUCCGAGAAUUUCUCUUUGCCAUUUCGCAUCAAAUGGAGAGAAGUCAGCACUGGUUAUCAUUCAACAGACUAUGCGCACCAUGCAAGAUUGACUACGACUUUGUUGCCCACACGGACACAAUCGCUUCGGAUAUCAGACUAUUCUUAAAGCAGAACAACAUCACAGCCAAUGAAGACGUCCUCCCAAAACAUCAGUCGAGAAACGUGAACAAUGGCAAUGUUUUUAAAGACUUCUACGGCCGAGUCCCGAUAGAUGAAAUUUUGCCACUACAGAAGGUCUUUCAGAAGGACUUUGAUAUGUUCGGAUACUCUUUUGAAGAAGAUUUGGCAAAGAUUUCUGUAGGAAAAACAAGGGGUUAG